GGCUCAGGGUGGGGAUAACCGAUCGGCAGAUUUAUAUACAAGGGGCACCCAUCGUCUCGAACAGAUUGGUUGCGAACCCUGAAUUCGAGCGAUCGUGGUUCUGCGUGAAAAUAACAUAUACGAAACCCUGUGAGACUUUAUCUUAUUAUCAAAACAUCAUGAUCAAGUACGUCGCAGUUUUGUUCGCCAUCUUCUGCCUGGUGCAGUCUCAGAGGCCACCUUACGCGGGGAGUCCCAAUCGCUAUCCUCAGGUUCUUCCCCAAUAUCUCGACGAACGAACGACAACAGUCGCCGAAACGCUAGCGAAUCGACUGGGUGAAAACGAUAGCACUUCCGUGACGACCACCGCCAUGCCCACGUCGACGAUUCCGAUCGACUUGCCAGUGGACGCAAUGGGUGAUAUCGAUUUGAUAAACCGAAUAAAGACCUGGCCAAAGGAGAAGCAACCUUUCUGGUUCCUCAACUGGCAAGCGAUCCAGGAACACCGCGGUGACACGAGGCACAAACCCCAAGCUGCUCAAGUAGAGCCCCAGGCGAGAUCGUACUUUAGGGGAUAUUAGCAUACAAUGAUAAAUCGUUCAUUUUUUUCCCCGUUACAAAUUCAAUGCUAGACGACUGCAACGCCGUCUUCCUUCUGCUAGUCACAUUCCAUACUUUCGCAAGAUGCGACCGUAUCGAUGAGAUCUACUGUAUCGACACAGGAUUAACGUCCUAUGACAUAAGAUAACUGUGAAAAAAUAUAUGAUACUUUUUACAAAAGUAUGUAUCCCCAGUGUGUUUGCAUGAAUUAGGUAGCUUGUAGGACGCAGGACCUAUUGGUGUUGUUUUUUUUUUAUUUUUUAAUGGAGUAUAAAGCGCAGGGAGAAAAAUAAGCGACCAACAGAGAGAGAGAGAGAGAGAAUUUUUUUCCAAUAUCAUAUGAGGAAUAAAACCACCCGUAGGUCGUUCGCUAUGUGUCAGUUUUUAUAAUGUCAACGUGAAAUGUAAUUCCAUUUUAUGAAUGAAAUUGCCAUUUUUAUAGAACAA